GAUCAAUCUAGUCUCCUAUACGACUCCGUAGAACUCAUCUUACACGAGAAGUGCUAGAGUUUACCAGAUUUAGAUUUUUAAAAAUCCAAACAUGUCGAAAAACGUUUGCCUAAUCCUUGUGGUAGUACUGAUGUCACAAGCCAGCCGAGCUUGUGACGAUAAUAUAGAAGAGGAGGAAUUGGCAAGACAGCAAUCAGACGAAUACUUUGCAAGAGCCUACGGAUUCACACCUGAAACUUGGAACGCUCUUUACCACAAGCCCAGCUUAGGUCUUCAAGACGCAGUUGAUGCGAGUCCUUACGAAGGACGGACGUUAUUCAAAAGGCUGCAAUCCAGCAAUAACCCAUUCAAGAAAUACUUCAAUCGAGACCAGGAGGAUAACGAAAACAAUGGUCGAUUUAUCUUCGCUGGUUUGGGUUCCAACCUAGUCAACACCGGCCUGUUCAACAACAGGUACACACCGGCCAAUACGUGGAGGCCGUUGGUCACCCUAGCCAAGAGGAUACCGAUUUCUGUGAAUCCCAAUUUCAACAGCCCACUAGGCAGCUUUGACACCUGCACUUCGAACGCUGGUGAGGCUGGAAUCUGCACUUCGGGAUCAGUCUGUUCCUUGUUCGGUGGACGUCCUAGCGGCCCUUGUGACCAAGGACAAGUCUGUUGCAUCAAUGUGAUUAAUUCUUGCGGGAGCAUAGUCACGCUCAACAAUACCUACUGGCAAACGCCACCUACCGCCCUUCGUAGCCCUUGUACGCUAACCGUCAGGAUGGACCCCAAGUUUAUUGAACAAUCAUCCAAACCAAUUUGCCAAAUUCGUUUGGAUUUCGUGUCGUUCACGACAUCCCAGCCGACCGCCGGAACAUGUACGGACACAUUUCAAGUUGGGGGAGUGUCUAACGAGGUUCCUACGAUUUGUGGCGACAACAGAGGCCAACACAUGUACCUUAACGUCCCACAGUCUGUCAACAAUCCCACUGACGUUCAGCUCAUAUUCAAUUUUGCAUCUGGUACAACCAUCAGUCGUUCGUGGAGCAUCAAAAUCGCAAUGCUGCCGUGCGGUGCCACGUACCUCGCACCUAUUGAUUGCCUCCAGUAUUUCACCUCUACAAGAGGUAGAGUCAGCUCGUUCAACUGGCAAGACGUCGCUGGGGCUCGUCAACUCAAUAAUCAAAAUUACAACAUGUGUUUCAGGACUGAACUCAUUUCCUCACAGAAAGCGACCCAGAUGUGCUUGUCGGUUUGUUCCGCAACGGAUGGAGACGCUUUCUCUAUUACGACCCCUCCCGCUGUCCUCCUCGUGGCUUCCCUCAACACCGGAUUUGCUCUAGCAAACACCGCCGACGCCGAUGAAGCCGCCAUAAAUUCGGCUGUAGGUACUACAUACACCGACCAAAGCCGUGGCAACGGGAUAACUGUUGCAACCUGCUUGUACGAUUAUCUUCUCAUACCGGGCGGACGUGACGCCAAUAACGUCGAAGCGGAUCGCUUUUGUGGAAACAAACUGAAUCCAUCGCCGGGAACUGUUAAACGGGUCCCUGCUUGCCCCAACGUUGAAUGGCAACGAGUUUUCAUCCCUGGAGCAGCAACCGAUGUGCAAGUUUGCACUGCGAUUAGACCUUUUAAAUUGACCUAUCAAACGGACGGUCAAGAAACGGCGGUGGGUGCAGCAACAAAUACCAUUCGGGCAUUGGCUGAUGUGAGCAAUACUGGAUUUUGUUUGGAGUAUCAAGAAAACUAAGACAUUCCAAACACAACCUCUUGAACGAAUAGUGGCCUAGUUGUGCUCCAGCAUUUAAGCUGAAUGGAGCUCCAUUAAUAACUUGCCUACUCGAAAAUUUAGUUAUUGUAGCUGCUUAUUAAUAGUCCGAUGGAAAAAAAACUAAUCAUGUCUCAUAAUCCAAUCCGUCACAAAGGAUAUUAAAAAAAAAAAAACGUAUUUAUUUAAUGGCGAACCAAAAUUGAAAAAACAAAACAAAAAAACACAGCAUUUCUUACUUGGCACAGGUGUGAAUUGCUCCUGCCAUGUAACAAACGUAGUGAUAAAAAAUAAACGAACAUUUGAAUGCAAAGUUGCUCUUGUAGCAAUGUUUCGCUACUUAAAAACAUUGUAAUCUCACUGUUAUACAAGAAAUAUUUAAUAUUGACCAGAAAUGUCCAUCAGCUACGUCAUCUGAGCUCGUCAACCUAGUUGACGGUUAAAAAUUCGUGAUGUCAGAAUGGUUGACAUUAAGACAAACAAUGAGAUCAAGUUUUCUUUUGUAAGCAAGCAAAAUGCAGGGGAAAUUACAUUUUUUGAAGUUGAAGAAGCAACACGGUAAAAAACCUAGCUUGCUGGAAGACAAACAUGCCUUCUCUCCUACAAAAACAUCAUGCCCCCCCCCCUCAAUUCAUAACUAAUUUUCUAAUAUGAAAAUGGCUAUUGAACAUCUUCCAUGUCUAUUGGUAAAUGAAUCAUAAUCAAUUCAAUGUGUUUUGAUUAGGAAACUUCAAGUGAAAUCGCAUUAUCAAAGAAUCCCUGAGGCGGAAAAACAUUUCUAUGAGCAGUACAUUGAGUAGCUAUAUUGAAUGGUAAGCUUACCUUAGCACUGUGCUCACUGGAACUAUGCUUACACACAUUUCUCAUUCAAAGCCUCGUUAAAGUCCUAA